CCUAUGAUAACAAUAACCUACAGUUGUAGAGAUUCGGAAAUUCGCUUGAGGCACAGCGAAGGGUCACUUUUCCCGACCAACGGUCCCUUGCCCCCUGUCUAUAUCCCCCUGCUGCUCCCAAUACUACCCCCCAACACGGGCUUGCAUGAUAAUUCAAAGUACAUAUUACCCAAGACUAUCCACUACCCCCAUCGCGCCAGUGCCAUAUAUCCUCCAAGCCAUCUCCCGGACGAAACACUGUUGGUCUGCCACACCGCCCCCACAGUUUUUUCUUCUGUGGCCGUCUGCGCUGUCGCAGAGCUCUCACGAUAGUUGAGAUUAAUGAACUAACGACCCGGGAAUUUCGAUCCCGGGUUGAGUCUAUUCGAUUUUUCGGGAUUUGGGAAUAAAUUGAUGGAUCUCUUACGUUAGGGUCAUACAACAUGUAUUCGCCAAUUCCAGUAUACUCCUAUAAUAAGGAGCCGCCGCAGAGACCUGCGAGGUCUCCCCCUGAGAAUAGUCGACCUUCGACUGCAUGCUCUCCGACUGCGCCGGUUUUUCAAGUACGAAACGGAUUUGGCGAUCUAAUCGAACCAGCGAUCGACGGCCCGCCGUCGCCGGAGCGCCUCCGGGCGCUGAGUAGCCAGAUGAAGCGCGAUUCCAAUGCCGGCAUGCACCAAAGCGAGGGAACAUCGUCGGGCGCGUCGUCACGUCUUUCUGCAACAUCGGAUAGACGAUCAUGGAAUCAGAGCUUGGAAAGUCUUCAUUUAUCGAGGAACCCUUCUCAACGGUCCACAUCGAGUGGCAUGCCAACGCGUGAGCGAACGGACAGCGUGCAAUUCUUCAGCAAGGGAAUGUUUUCACGCAGUAGAGGACGGCUACGGAGAGAAAGUAGUGACCAGGGCGGCUCCAAUAGCUCACUGGACGCGUCUGAGAUGCCGACUGACGCCAUGCCUAAGGACCAACCAUUCAUUUCGUCCGUGUUCGCGCGGCGGAGGGCGUUGAGGGGAGAGUCGAGCUCGCCGGCUCCCCAAAAGAAGCUACAGAUAUCGGGACCUUACAAUUUCCAGCACCUUACCCAUACGAGAAAGGAUAGCGUUCCUAACAUCGACCGAACAAAUCACUUGGAGCUUGUGUCGGAAUUCUCUGACAUGCGUCCGCGACGACCUACUAACGCGUCACUGAGCGGUGCCCAGCAGAGCGAGUCGCAAUUUACGGCUUUCCCUUCUGAGACGUUCUACCAUCAGGAAGACCCAUCGGCGGGUCUAUACGUCGAUGGGGCACAAUCACGGGACAAAGCGUUGCCUCCAUCACCACCGCCUCCACCACCCUCAAUGCGGUACGCUAAGCGAUCUCAAUCUCAGGAUAAGAUCCGCUAUGCCCCUCCACGUCCGCCCCGGUCUCCUCCGCCUGAGAGUGAUGAUGUUACAUCACCAAUACUGCCACCCCCGAGAACCUCAAGCCGGAUCUCGGCUCGCCACGCUAGGUAUGACUCUUUGACCAUGGCCAGAAUGGCGGCCACACAGCUCGCAGAGCGCCCCGCAACAAGCACUGGCUUCCGCAAGCCGGAACCGUUUGCGCCCACCGCACCCACAUCACCCAAGGAUAUAUCGCCCAAGGGAUAUUCGCCCAAGGGCUUGCGGCCUCCCCCUCCUUCGCGCGCCACUCCCAUGGUAGAAUCUGUCGAAGAAGAAAUGGAAUCGCAAAUGCUUCCCCGCGCCAUCAGCACGCCAGAUGAUGCGGCGUGGCCUUUGGCCAACAACGUGACUGCCUUACCUGAUGUCCCAGAGGAGGAAGAACAUCACGCACAAUCCCGGCCGUCGCGCAUGAGCGUUACGAGCAACCACUCUUCCCUCAGGGGCAGUGUAUCGGUGCCGUUGCUUCGUCAGAUGUCAAUGACGCAAUCGCCUCAACGACCACCUAGCAAUGCUUCCGAUACUUUGGGCUUGUUCAACGCUCAGCGCCUCAUGCGCACGGGCACCGGCGACGAGUAUUUAGCUGAUGAUCUGGACAGAGACAACUGGGAAGACGAUAUCGAUUAUUGCUACGAGCAUGAAGCUGAGGCGGACUGCGACUACGCCUGGGAAAGGCCAUCGUGUGACAUCGCCCGAGGGGGCCAUGCCGAAACCAUCAUUACCUUUACUGGCCCCUUUGGCGGCAGUCUGUCCAAUGAUUUACUAUCUCCAGGGAACUCUGACGUUCCUGCUCUAAGCCCGGCAAGCCAAACCUCCAACAUGGACAAGCACGAAGCUAUCACGCCAACGACCGUUCCGGUAACUUCCAACUUCUCUCUUCCGCGACGGGAGAACUCGUCACAAUUCCUUCGCGUGCAUAAGCGAACCCAGUCCCCGGAAACCAACUUCAAGGAGUCGCAAGGCUUUAGCUUGUCGCCUUCUCUCCUGAUACCGAACGACUACCACCAGCAAAUGCUUCGGUACGAGAGGGAAGAACUGCAGGACAGUGAGGACGAGGACUUCCUCAUCCAGGGGAACACGUUCGACGACCAGCCCAUUAUGAAGUUUGGCAAGACCGUGAACGCUCGCUCCAGUGCCUCGACAACCGUCUCUACCCUAUCAGAGCACUCCAUGACUUCUAGCCGCCACAAGUCGACGAACUCGACUUCCACGGCCUACACCCGCUGGACCGGCAGCAGCACCUCUAGCUGGACGCAACAGCCGAUCCUACCAAAGGCCAUCAAUGAUAGCACGUUACCCGUUAUCACAUCGCCCACUGCCGUGGUAGCACCUACUACCUUCGAGGAGAUGGCCGUGAAAGAGGAAAAGCCGGCCGAGAAGCACGCGAGGACGCAAUCCCAUGCCGGCCUUCUCAUGAGGAGUAACUAUGACGCGGCACCCCCCGCCGAGCAGAAGCCGGCGAAGGAACCUAUCAGGACGCGUAGGCGGGCCCGGACCACGAGCCGAAGCCACGCGUCGCCUCAGUUCGCUCUCUUCCCGGCUGUCUCUACUCACGGCAACCGCAUCUGAAUGAAUCGGUUACCACACCACACCUGUUAUUAUAUAUUAUAUAACUGCUAUUAUCUACUAUACAUAUGUGUACAUCUAGGUAUAUAUAUGUAAUCGCUAUUAUUUAUAUCUACAAACCAACCAACCACAUUCGUUAUCAACGUAACUGUUUCCACUAUCUUACCUACAUACCUACCUAGGUACUCAUCCACCAAUCUCCAUUUGUCGGACGCAAAAGUUCUCUGGUUUUCGGGACAUAUAGACUAUCAUCAUCACCACCACCAUCACGGCUUACGAAGCCAGGCGUUUUUAUCCCCUUCCGCGUUUGCGUUGUUUUUCUGGUAUAGACAUCGGGCCUUUUGGUUUUUUUUUAAACUUUCGAAUCUGUCGUUUCCGCAGACUCCCUUUUUUCUUCGCACUUCUUACCUAGGUAAACUACCUCGGUAUGGAUAAUCGACCUACUACAUAGAGCCGGCGACGGGCAACUGGUUAACUUCGCCUUAUUCUUGUCCUGUUACUUUU